AUUUGGUAAAGUAUUGAUAAAAUGGAGUUAAAUGAACUAUUGUGUGAAAUAGGCAUUUUACUCAUGUGUGAAUUGUGUAGAUACAUAAAUGAUUAUUUAUGUAUUACAUUGAAUGAUUAAGUUGCUGCUACAUAUCUCUAAAUAUGUAGGGUUUUACAAGUGGAAUAUAUGAUGGAUAAGAAUAAUCUUAAUAGUAUUGAAAUACUAGUUAAUGAUUGUUGUAAUUGUUGAAGAAUUGAAUCUAAGGAUUUGAUUGUAAUUGAUGAACUUGAUUGUGAUGCAAGUGACUAAAUUGAUGUAAUGUGAUGCUAAGACCAUGGUUGGGCAGUCCGUAAGGAUGUCCCAAAAUAGAUUAUUGAUAUUACAAUUCUAGGCAUAGCGAGUGCUUAGGAAUUGGGGUCUAUGCCAAUGUAAGGAGAUGUACUUGAGCCGUGCUCAUAGAAUUGCAUUGGGUAGACAUGAUGGGGUGAUUGUUGUGCAUGGUGAUGUAGUUGAGUUGGACUCAAGAAAUGCACGGUGGAGUAGUUAGCUUAUGUUAAUUAAGGUGCAUGGUGAUGUAGUUGAGUUGGACUCGAGAAUGCAAACAUAUGUGUUAGGGUUGAACCCUAUGAAUUGUUGUGACUAGGGGUCACGGGGUUUGGGCUAUGUUUGUAAAUAAACCUUGGGCCUACGGGCCGACUACUUGACUUUAUAUAUAAAGUAAGUAUAUUUUAAAAAGGGGUAACUUGGGGUUACGGCCUAGAUUAUAUUAUCACCCUAUUUGAGGGUCUUGUGUUUGAAAUACUUGUUGUAUAUCUAUUAGAUGCCAUCUACACCAGCACUUUAUAGCCCUAUAGAGUGCUGACCCCUUCGGGGGCGUCCCACCACCAUUUUUCAGGUUGAGGCUAGAGCUUGCUUCCUGUGCUCGUUGCUCGAGAGAUCAUCUAGGAGGGAAGACUUGGGAGAGUUGAGCUAGUCAAGUCGGUUAUACAGGGAGUACACUCCUUUUGGCUACAAAUGUUUCCCAUCCCUAAUGCUAUUCUUGACAGGAUUACAUCCAUUUGUCGUAUUUUUCUUUGGGGGGGCAAAUUUGCUAGGGUUGCCUGGGCUGAUAUUUGCCUCCCGAAAGAAGAAGAAGGCGGACUUGGUAUACAUGAUACGAAGGUCUGGAACAAGGCCUUACUUUCAAAAACUUUUUGGGAUAUACAUACCAAAAAGGACACACUUUGGGUCAAGUGGGUCCAUGGGGUUUAUCUAAAGGGCAGGAGUGUGUGGGAAUUUGUCCCACACGAAAGAGACUCACAACUUUUUAAAAAGAUUGCAUCAAUCCGUGAUGAGAUACUUUCCAAAUUUUCGGACAUUCCGAGUGCUAUACUUGCCCUAAAUGCUUUUCAAUCCAAUGGCAAGCUUGUAUCCUCAAAGGUUUAUAAUUUGCUUAGGAAUAGGGCCGCCACCCGUGUAUGGAUGCCAUUUAUUUGGAAAGAUUACAUCCCUCCCAAGUUUUCCUUUAUUACUUGGUUGGCAUUCCGUAAUAAGUUAGCCACGUGUGAUAAUCUUCAUAGAUUAGAUGUGGAUAAUACUUGUGUAUUGUGCAAGGGUGGACCGGAAACGGUUCCACACCUCUACUUUGAAUGCCCAUUUUCAGGUAAGGUUUGGACUAUGAUGAAAGCAUGGAUUGGCAUUCCACGGACGAUGGGGACUCUAGCUAGCUCGGUCAAAUGGAUCAAGAAGGAAAGAAGCGGAGCUAACGUGCAAGCCAAGGCUGCUAGGAUUGCUUUCUCCUGCACCAUCUACUGGAUUUGGAGAGCCAGGAAUGCAGCUAUAUUUGAUGGAUUCCUGCCUAAAGAGGAGGAAAUUUCUGCUAGGAUAAAACAUGUUGUCUACAAAAUUUUGUAUAGCAUUUAUCCUUGUGAUUUGGUAGUACUCUGAUAACUUUCCGCCCGUCAAUUUUUUCUGCUUGUGAUUGGG